CAGCUGUUUUUGUUUUGCCGUGUGGAUGUUGGAAGUUGAUAACGUUAAAAAAAAAAAAAAACCCAACCCGACUCAGGUGUAGCGGCUCCGCCGGGGAGCCGUCGUCGUUUCACCUUCGACCCCGUUCACAUCUGGGUCAGCGGACCCGGCGCGUCGGUGCGCGCCAGCUGAGCCGGUCCGCCCGGACAUUCCGCCCCGCGGAGAGUGUGAGCGUGGCGCUUUUUUUGGGGGGGCCGGUGGGGGCAGAGGAGGAGAAGCGGGUUCCGGCCGGGGGAUCGACCCCGAUUCCCCAAAGGCCGAGCGGCGUCGCGCGGCGGGAGGAGAGGUCGGUUCGGCGGCCGCGAUGGAGCCCCGCGAGUCCCGGGACGCGCCGGAUGGCGCCGACGCGCACCGAGAAUUCAUGUGCGCCUCGUUCAACCAGGACACCACUUCUCUAUCAGUGGGCACCAAGACGGGCUACCGGCUCUUCUCCGUCACUGCUGUGGACAAACUGGACUGCAUCCACGAGGGAGUAGAGAGCCCGGACGUCUACAUAGUGGAGCGGCUGUUCUCCAGCAGCCUGGUGGUGGUGGUCGGCGUGUCCAUGCCGCGGCGGAUGAACGUGUACCACUUCAAGAAAGGCACGGAGAUUUGUAACUACAGCUACUCCAACAACAUCCUCUCCGUGCGCCUCAACAGACAGCGGCUGGUGGUUUGCCUGGAGGAGUCCGUCUACAUCCACAAUAUCAAGGACAUGAAACUACUGAAAACCCUGCUGAACACGCCCGCCAACCCCACAGGCCUUUGCGCUCUCUCCGUCAACCACAGCAACUCCCACCUGGCGUACCCCGGCAGCGCCACCGUCGGAGAGAUCACCGUCUACGACGCCAACAACCUGAGCACCCUGACGCUGAUCCAAGCCCACGACAGCCCCCUGGCGGCGCUCGCCUUCAACGGCUCCGGCACCAAACUGGCCAGCGCCUCGGAGAAGGGCACCGUCAUCAGAGUCUUCAGCGUCCCUGAAGGACAGCGGCUCUUUGAGUUCCGCAGAGGCAUGAAGAGAUAUGUCCGCAUUAGUUCAUUGUCCUUCAGCGCCGACGCCCAGUUCCUGUGUGCCUCCAGCAACACGGAGACGAUCCAUAUCUUUAAACUGGAACAGCACAGCCCCAGUCGAGACGAGCAGUCGCCCACGUGGUCGGCCUACAUGGGCAAAAUGUUCACAGCAGCCAGCACCUACCUGCCCUCCCAGGUGUCCGACAUGAUGCACCAGGACAGAGCCUUCGCCACCGUGCGACUCAACACGUCCGGCCUGAAGAACAUCAGCGCCCUCGCCACGAUUCAGAAGCUCCCUCGCCUGCUGGUGGCGUCCUCAGACGGGUCUCUCUACAUUUAUAACGUGGACCCACAGGACGGCGGCGAGUGCGCCCUGAUCCAAAAACACAGGCUGUUCGACUCCAGCGAGGAGGAGGUGGGACCGAAGGAGGAGGAGGAGGAGGAGGAGAACCCGGAAGAUGUUCCUCCUCAACCAGCCAGCCAAUCGUACGCCGCCACUGUGGCUCUGGCCUCGACCCCGCCCUCCUCCACCACGCUCAUGGGUUACUCCGAGGAAGGUGGAGCCCAGAAGGGGGAGGUCAUCCCGGAGCACGAGUUCGCCGAGGGUCCCGUCUGUCUGGACGACGAGAACGAGUUCCCCCCCUUCGGCAACCAGAGCAAUUGACCCGAUGCCUCUCACGGGACAUCCCAUCCGAUCCCUGCGUAGCAGCGAGGCGCGUUCCAAGCAGGAAGUGGCGAUAUGGCGACACCCCCCCGACCUUCCACGCGUACCGUACCGCCUGCUGGCUUUGGCCAGAAUGUUACUUCCUGGUGUUUCUGUGUUCUGCGUCCCUCACUUGUUGUAAUGACUAAAGAAAGUUAAAAAAAAAAAAAAAAAAAAGGGGGGGGCGCAAGAUCCGAAUUUACAUGUUAUAUAUUCUACGGAUCAAAGACCCGCUAACUAACCUGCUACGAACAAACAAGCGUUCUCACAACGGAACCCUGACAAAACCGUGACGUUAUUGUUGCACAUUAUCAUAGCAGCAGCGAGACGUGCAUACGAGUGUAUUAUACUGAGUAUAUUGUGAGCAGACUGAAUGCAUGAAGGUAGAAGAAACAGGCAGGCAAGACCCCCCCCCCC